AUGUCUGAUGAGGAGUUUUAUAAAAUUACCUGCGAAACUUAUCCUGGGGGCUGGGAAAAGUUCCUGGAGGACAUGGAGAACUCAGAGUACUCAGAAUCCUCAGAUGAUGAGAGAAUUGAGCUGCCCCCUGAUCUCUACAAAGAUCUCAUGUCAGACAAGGAUAAGGAAGAUGUGUCUGAAGACGAGGAGGAGCAGUAUCAGUAUGGUAGAAUUAUCAAGGAUCCGACUGAUGGUUGUCUCCAUCGAGCACUAGACUUGUAUGACGACUAUGAUAGCAUGACCCAGGAGGAGUAUAAUAAAAAGGUGAAGGAGGUGCUCAAAGAUAUGGACAGAAUCACUGUGCUAGAUGAUGAGGACACCGAAGUUAAAGGGAGAACUAACUAUAGUACCAUACCACGUUCCGAUGGAAGAAUAGUGACAUCCCACCUUGAUGCCAACCAGCCAUCCUGUAGCGAUAUUGAACUUAGUGAUAGGGAAACUCCCAGUACGAGUAACAGUUCUCAUAGAAAUAGUGAAACCAACAAAUCAGAUGAUGUUAGAACUGGUGACAGACCAGGUGGUAGAAACUUGAUUGGGUCUGAUAUCAGUUCCAGCUCUGUUACACAAACAAAGAAACUCCCCACUAUCCUUAGUAACAGAGAAGUGUACGAGAAUAUUGACAAUAUUCCUCGUCCUUCCUAUUGGUUACCUGAGACAGCACCUGACUCUGAGAAGAAAGAGGAAGAGAUAGAUGAUUUCGAAUAUCUAGGAAUGUUGGAUGAUGGAUAUCUGCUGAGUCUGUUUGACGAGGAUAAAGAAGAUAAUGCUGAACUAGUGUGCUCGGAGAAAAUAACAGAAACACAAGCACUGGCCUCUGUUUCUCAAACAGAUAAUACUAGUGGAACAGAUAAAAUCACUAGAGAUGAAGAUCUCACCACACCAGUUCCCCAACUCCAAGUAGCUGCAGGAGAAGUGUCUAAAAAUAGACGCAGUAACCCUCCUAGACUUGCUAAAGAGGGGGUCAUAUAUCGUGAUGAUAUCGAAGAUCUGGAGGAGGUCUUACAGUCUGAAUAUUUUUGCUGGCAGUGUAAAGAUUAUGUGAGAGGAGAAUGUGGACUACAUGGUCCUCUACUCCCUUGUUUAGAAGAUAUCACCCAACCUGGAACUAAGAAAACAGCUAACUUCCCAGUACCAAGUUGUAUUGAAAUAAAAGAAUCUACAAUUCCUAGAGCUGGAAAUGGAGUAUUUGCGACUUUGUUUAUUGAACCAGGAAGUAUAUUGGGUAACUACAAAGGAAAGGUAGUAUCUGAGAAAGAGUACAAGAAGUUAGAGUCUGCAGAUAAAGAGAGUGGGUAUUCGUGGCGGGCUGUGAGUCAGGACGGAGAUGUAAUCUACCUGGACGGGGCGAGUCACAGGGCUAGCAACUGGUUACGGUUUGUUAACUGUGCUCGGGGUCAAUGUGGAAUACAGUAUUAUUCGUAUAAGCCUAUUGGGUUGGGGGAGGAAUUACUAGUAUUCUACGGAGAGGACUAUUUCGAAGAAUUAGGAUAUUCUUUGCAAACUGAUCUUGACACUGGACAAGAAUAUCAUUGUACUGCAACUGGUUGUCUGAAGCUGUUUAAGACGCAGCAAGAGCUGGAGAGACACACUUGUUGGAGAACUCGAGGAGUAUCAAGCAGAGAAAAAGUACACAAGUGUGAAAGGUGUGGGAAGAUGUUUGCUGAGAGGGGUACCUUAACUAAACACAUUAGGACAGUACACGAUAAGGUAGCGAGACACAGCUGUCCUUACUGUAAAUAUAGGACUGAUCGCCAAUACGAUCUCGCGAAACACAUGUUAACACACACGGGAGACAAGCAGUACAAGUGUACACACUGUGACUACGCUGCUAUUGAGAAGAAGAAGCUCACUACUCACAUCUACCAACACCACACUAACAAGACGUACAAGUGUCAGUACAAGCAUUGUGGUGUAAGGAUGGCCUCCCAACAGGAGCUGCAUGAUCAUAUCAGAACAGAACAUCCAGUACUAAAACACAGAUGUGAUAUUUGUCCUAUGUCAUUUAACAGUGCAACGACUCUACUACGACACAAGCAAACACAUAGCACAGAGCUGGAUUCAAGGUUUGAGUGCAAGUACUGUGGUAAAAGGUUUGCACAGCAAAAUCACCUUAAAAAUCAUUCUGUUACUCACACUGGUGAGCGGUCACACAAGUGUAGUGUGUGUGGUAAGAGGUUUACUCGGAAAGGUAGUUUAACAACCCACAUGAGGAUACAUACGGGAGAGAAACCCUUCUCAUGUUCAUACUGUGAUAAAAGUUUCAGUCUUAAUAAUAACAAAACCAACCAUGAAAUUACAUGCAAAAGCAAGAUUGGUUAA